UGGCGGUCGACGAAGCACUUCCCGCUCAUCCGAUCGGACCGCUAAGCUCGCCUACAGAGGUCGCGACGAAGCAUGUCUACGGGAGGGAGCGCCCGUGGGAAGAAGCGCGACGGAGUCCCUGACGACAGCCAAGGGCAGGGAAGAGGUCGGCGGCAGGAUGAUGCGUCCGCAAGGGUGCCUCCUCAUGGAUUGCAAGGUUGGGCGGCAGCAGCAGAAGGGGACUACGACGAAGACUUCAUGACGGAGGAAGAGCAGGCAGAGGCGACCACGUCUACAGUACGGGAGAGCGGUCGGCAGCACUCUUCUGAUCACAGCGCUCCGAAGAGGAUGCUAACCCCGCCACCCGAGGCGCAGCAACUGCGUGCCCGCGAAAGGCGGACAGAGAAGGUUGUCGUCGUCGAUCUUGGCUGCGAAGAUGACGAGCCCUUGGGAAAACGUCGCCUGUGCACUCGUACAACAGCAACCCCACCGCCGGUGGUGGUGGCACGCGCUGCGGUAGACGAAAGGCCAGUUACGGGUAGACUACCCGCCACGCCGUCUCAGCCACAUCAGCGCAACCCGGGUGAUGACGGAGGGUCCGUCCAACGCGGCGGCGGGGGGGAAGUCGUGGCAGACGUGCUCGAAGUUGGGGGCGAGCCGGCAGGUGCUGCGGGUGCGGGUGCUUCAGGCAUUAUGGCCCCCGUUGCAACGGCGAGAGAGGAGCCAGCAGUUGUGGCGACUGCAAGAGAGGAUGCGCGCGGCAAGAAGAAAACCGAUCGGGAGGGCGGCGAACCCGGUUCAAGCCGGGUACGUAGGGGAGUCAUGACGAAAGACCUCAUCGAUCGUGCCGUCCUUUGGGUUGAUGACAAAUCUUUCUGGACGACGGGGGAGGGCACGAGGGUGGCCAGGAUCGCCGACCAUUCACAGCUGCAGCAAGCGAUCUCCCGUGCGGCGGCAGUGGAGAACAUUGCUCUGCGCAUCUUGCACGGCUGGGUAUUCAAGUUGGGGAACCGCCCAAGGGGAUACAACAUGGCUUUCCAGUACUCGCUAGAGUCUGUAGCGACGGACAUUGCGCGUGCUAUGUGGUACGGCGAGGAGUGGUGCAACGUCGUCAGUCCAGCGGUUUACGCCCACACGAUAGAUCUAUCCAUGGACUUGCCACGGUGGUUCGCCGACGCAAACAUCGAGGACAGACCAGACGACAGCGACAUGGCGGUGCACCAGGAGUCCAUUGUAAUCUGCGUCACGCAUGCAUUCCGCGCGGCGGUGCAAAUGGGUGCGCUCAUCGACGGCGAUUUCAUCUCGCACGAUCGUCUUUGUCGGGUGGCUGACUGCUUCAGGCUGUUGUUGGCGGCGUGCAUGUGGAUAAUGUGCAUGGCGGGAGACGAUCCACGCAGCCACUACGAAGCUUUCUACUUCGCGAGCCUUGUGGCGAAGCCCACACUCGUUGCAGCCAUGCAUCGCUCCUUCGAUCAUCGACAAUCUGUCGUCCGCGCCGCAAAUGUCGUCACGGAAAGGCUCGGGAAUGCGAACGCCGCGUUAGGAGAGUGCCCCGACUACAUCCCUCAAUGGGCACCCUGCGGCAUUGGUUUCAGGCACGACGCGAGCACAACGGGGCCGGAGGAUGCGAAGAAGCUGGAUUGGUUGGGAUCGGGCCGCCCCGAUGAUGACAACAACGACGACGAAAAAGAUGACGCGUAGGCGGGGGAGGGGGAGGGGGGGGGGGGGGGAGGGUACUUCUGUGAACGCAGGCGCGUGUACACGUGUCUGGUCGUGAUGGGCUCCACUGUGGUUGGACCGUU